CUGGUUUGGUCAGUACAGCUUGAAGAGCACCUCAGUGAAGGCAUGCAGGCAAUAAACGAGCUGUGAAAGCUCUGUCAUGGCUCCAAAAUACGCACCCAGUCUUCGAGCCCGGCUUCCACCUGUGGCUUUUCUUCUGCAAGUGGCUUUUAUUGUCAUUUUUACCUUUUGUGUUAAAAUCGAGGACGAUGGGAAGGACAAGAGUGAAGCAUUUAUUUAUUCUUAUGCAAAAUUCCAGGAUAUCCAUGUGAUGGUGUUUCUGGGUUUUGGUUUCUUGGGUACGUUCCUGGUGCGCUAUGGUUUCAGCAGCUCAGCGUUCAGCUUGUUGGUUGCUGCCAUGGCCGUGCAGUGGGCCACCAUCCUUAAAGGCUUCCUGCUGUCUCACAGUUUAACCUGGAAGUUCGGCAUCCAGUUAAGAAGUCUGCUGGACGCGGAGCUGUGUGCGGCUUCGACUCUCGUGGCUAUGGGAACCGUCCAUGGAAAAACCAACCCGGUCCAGCUUCUGAUCUUCGCUCUGAUAGAGGUCACAGGGUUUGUGCUAAACCAGUGGAUCAUACAAACCAUGUUGCAGACAGGGACAGGGACACAGACACCCUGGCUGUACAGCAUCGUCCUCAUCAACAUCUUCGGCGCUCUCUUUGGCGUGAUCACGUCAUGCUUGCUUUUUCGUAGAAAUAUGCAGCAGAAGCACGAGAAAGAGAAGGUCGACAGGAGAUCGGGCCUCUUUGCCAUGUUUGGGACUUUGUUCCUGUGGAUGUUCUGGCCCAGUUUGAACUCAGUGCUGGAGCUGAACUUCACUGUAAUAUGUAGCACGUAUCUGGCUCUGGCUGUCAGCGCCGCCACAGCGAUGGCCGUCUCUGCGCUCUGCAGCUCUAAAGGCAAGAUCAACCUGGUGCACGUUCAGAACUCCUUGCUAUCCGGCGGUAUCGCUGUUGGAGCCGUUGUGACCACACCUCUUUCUCCCUGGAUCGCCAUGACGAUCGGCUUGUGCGCUACUCUAUUAUCAACUCUGGGAUUUCGAUAUCUGAAGAACCAUAUGCUAUUUGCUUUUGAUUGCCACGAUACCCUCGGCGUUCUGUGUGCUCAUGCACUGCCGGGAAUUCUGGGAUGGUUUGCUCAACUCAUCUUGCGACUGUCCAGUAUCAGUCACAGCACAGUCGCUGUCCAGUUUGCGGUGCAUCACAUCUGUAUUUUGCUCAUCACAGUCUGUGUGAGUCUGGUUAUGGGUAUCAUCACAGGAAUUAUUUUGAAAUGGAGCUUCUGGAGACCUCAGAGAGUCAAUAAGUGCUAUGAUGACCAGGCCUACUGGGAGUUCCCACAUCUGCUGGUGGACAAUUGAGUCCAACGUCGAACGUCCUACGGAUAAAAUCGUAUAGAAUAACAUCUUGCGUGAUGGUUUUCUGUGUAUGGUUAAUCUUUAAGGGUUUGAAUAGGGUCAAAAUAAGCAACAGGUCAUGCUCAGUAGCAUGAACAUGCAUUCAGACAAGGCAAACUAAUUAAAAAUACCUUUUUACUGUGCUUUGUAUGUUUAAAUGUUCUAUAAGGCUAGCGAGAAUUUUUAUUGUAAGAUUGUAAGUGUUGUAAACUUUUCUUUCCAUGAAAUGAAAAAACAUUUGUUGAGAAUUGAUUAGUUUAUUUAGUCACACGUUUUUUUUUUGUUCCACAUUAAUAAAUAAUGCAGUAGAUGUUA